AUGUCAUAUGGGGAAAUAGGAAUAACACUCAAUGAAUUUCUUGCUCCUCGCUGGCAAAAGAUUCAAGAGGGAAACAUCACCGUUGGAAGAGAGGUUCUCAAGAGUCGUGGUUUAGACUUUGAUAGCAACUUUUUCUGGAUAUCAAUUGCAGCAUUACUUGGUUUCGCAGUAGUAUUUGAUAUCCUAUUUGUAGUAGCAUUAACUUACUUAAAAGAGCCAAAGCAAUCUCGAGCUUUAGUUUCUAAAAAGAGGCCGCCUCAACUAAAAGGAGGAGAAAGAAGCAAUGAAGUGGAAUUAAAAAAUAAGUCAGUAGCAGUUGAUAUUACCCACACAUCAAAGGAAGCUCAAAGCACAGGGAAAAUGGUCUUGCCCUUUUUUCCACUGUCAAUAGCAUUUAAGGAUGCCCAGUAUUUUGUUGACACUCCUCCGGAGAUGAAAAAGCAUGGUUCGAAUGAGAAAAUUUUACAAUUGCUCUGCGAUAUCACGGGAGCAUUUAGGCCAGGAAUCCUUACUGCUUUGAUGGGAGUCAGUGGAGCAGGAAAGACAACACUCAUGGACGUGCUUUCAGAAAGAAAAACUGGAGGUAUCAUUGAAGGAGAUAUAAGAAUUGGAGGGUACCCUAAAGUUCAAAAGACAUUUGCAAGAGUUUCAGGUUACUGUGAGCAGAACGACAUACAUUCUCCAUAUAUAACAGUUGAAGAAUCUGUUCAAUACUCAGCUUGGUUGCGGUUGCCAAGCGAGAUUGAUUCAGCUACAAAAGGGAAAUUUGUUGAAGAAGUCCUUGAAACAAUUGAACUUGAUGAUAUAAAGGAUAACUUAGUUGGUAUCGCUGGUCAAAGUGUCUUAUCUACCGAGCAACGUAAAAGGCUAACUAUAGCAGUAGAGCUUGUAUCCAAUCCUUCAAUAAUUUUUAUGGAUGAACCUACAUCUGGUUUGGAUGCCCGAGCUGCUGCUGUAGUUAUGGGUGCAGUGAAGAAUGUUGUUGGCACUGGUAGGACCACAGUUUGCACCAUACAUCAGCCAAGCAUCGAUAUAUUUGAACCUUUUGAUGAGUUGAUUCUAAUGAAAUCAGGAGGCAAGAUCAUUUAUAAUGGAAUGCUAGGCCAUCAUUCAAAUAGACUGAUUGAAUAUUUUCAGAGUAUACCGGGAGUUCCAAAGAUCAAGGACAAUUAUAAUCCUGCAACCUGGAUGUUGGAAGCUACUUUUGCAUCUGUAGAGUAUAUCUAA